AUGCGGCUCACCGUAUGGCACUGGGUCGCCUUCGUCCCCUUCGUCGUUGCCCAAGAUGCGUCACAGUCCACGAUCACCGCCAGUACGGUGAGCUCGACAGAGUCCGUGAGCUCCGCGACGGUCUCCUCGAGCGCAUCUGCGGUCUCCAGCACGUCUGAGCUACCAUCCUCGGCGUCUGUAACGUCCUCUGCGCCAGUUACAUCUUCCACGUCCGCGUUGUCUUCAGCUGUCUCGGCGAGCAGUGCACCUUCCUCUGCACUUACCACGACGGCUCCCCCAGCCACCCAGCCCGUCAUUACGCCACCUAUCGUUCCUUCGACCUUCACUCCUUUCCCAGUACCUUCUGAUACCCCGAUACCAUCCAUAUACCCAGCAAUAGACCCCCUCAGCCCACCCCCAGUCGGUGCUCGUGCUCUUCCAAACUUCGGGCCUGCCUGGGUCGCUGCCUGGGAGAAAGCCAAAGCGAAGAUUGCCAAUUUCACCCUUGAUGAAAAGGUCAAUGUUACAACUGGAGUAGGCUGGGAAGGUGGUCUUUGUGUCGGAAACAUUGCCGCGAUAGAACCUGUAGAUGGUCAUGGAUGGCCUGGACUUUGCCUUGAGGAUUCUCCUCUGGGCGUUCGAUUCGCGGACUUCGUCACUUCUUUUCCAACGGGGAUUAACACGGCCGCUUCCUUCAACCGACGCCUCAUCCGCCAACGCGGUCUAUUCAUGGGCCGCGAACAAGUAGGGAAAGGUGUUAACAUCGCUCUUGGGCCGAUGAUGAACAUGGGCCGCGUCGCUCAAGGUGGAAGGAACUGGGAAGGCUUCGGCGCCGACCCGUUCCUUGCUGGCGAAGCUUCAUAUGAGACGAUCCUGGGCAUGCAGGAGGGCGGUGUCAUCGCCUGCGCGAAGCAUUUGGUUGGAAAUGAGCAAGAACAUAAACGUACUACAUCGAGCUCGGACAUUGAUGACCGGACUAUGCACGAAAUCUAUACCCAUCCGUUCCUGAAGAGCAUCAUGGCUGGUGCUGGCAGUAUCAUGUGCAGUUACAACCUUCUCAAUGGCACAUGGGCCUGCGAGAACGACAAAAUUAUGAACGAUAUCGUGAAGAGGGAGUAUGGCUUCCAAGGAUUCAUUAUGUCGGAUUGGUCUGCUCAACAUUCCACGAUAUCUGCAAAUACUGGACUGGAUAUGACGAUGCCCGGGGAUAUCACCUUCAAUUCUGGAACGUCGUACUUUGGAGCCAACCUCACCGCGUACGUCAAUAACGGGACAAUCUCUGAAAGUCGUGUCGACGACAUGGCGACGCGUAUCCUCGCCGCAUGGUAUCUCCUCCACCAGGAUAAGCCCUCUUUCCCUGCAGUCAACUUCAACGCCUUUGUUCCAGACGAUGACGCUACGAACUUCCACGUCGACGUUCAAGACAACCACUACAAGCUCGUGCGUGAGCUCGGUGCAGCCAGCACUGUCCUUCUCAAGAACGUGGGCGGUGCUCUUCCCUUGGGCAAGAAAGACCGCAGCAUCGUCCUCGUUGGAAGUGGUGCAGGCCCUGGACGCGCGGGACCAAACCAGUUCGCUGACCAAGGAGGCUCAGAUGGUGUCCUUGCGAUGGGCUGGGGUUCCGGUACCUCCAACUUCACGUACCUCAUUACGCCUCUUGACGCGAUCCAACGCGAGGCAAGGAAGUUCAGAACCAGCGUCAGCUGGAUGCUAGACGAUUUCAACCUUCCUAGAGCCGGGAACGUGGUCCGGAAACGCUCUGCGGCCCUGGUGUUCUUGAGUGCGGAUAGCGGGGAAGGCUAUAUCACAGUCGAUGGGAACGAGGGUGACAGGAAGAACCUGACGGCUUGGCAUGGAGGAGAUGCCCUCGUCGCUGCCGUAGCGGCCCAGAACAAUAACACCAUUGUGAUUGUUAACAGCGUCGGACCGCUCAUCGUCGAGCCGUGGAUUGAUCAUCCUAACGUGACUGCCGUUGUUUGGGCUGGUCUCGCUGGACAAGAAGCUGGGAACUCACUCGCUGACGUGCUUUACGGCGCAUGGAACCCGUCUGGAAGGCUUCCAUAUACCAUCGCGAAGCAGGUAUCAGACUACAGCGCACAGCUUGUCAUUGGAGGCGGCCCUCAGGAUAUUCUGACUAUCCCUUACACCGAAGGGCUGGAGAUUGAUUAUCGUCAUUUUGAUGCCCAUGAAAUAACCCCUCGCUUCGAGUUUGGUUUCGGCUUGAGCUACACCAAGUUCUCAUACAGUGGCCUGAGCGUGAUGAAGAUUCAAAGUGUCGUGAGCCCGGCAGACCUUCCGUUCGUCCAGGCUUGGGAAACUGGAGAGGCGACGCCCAUCGAGGUGGGGUCUUCGAGAGCCGUCUGGCUGCACACACCCGCGUACCAGGCUACCUUCAGCGUCCAGAACACCGGACCCGUCUUUGGUGGCGAGAUUCCACAACUCUACCUCAACUUCCCUGCAUCCUCCGGCGAGCCUCCUUCCGUGCUCAAGGGAUUCACAAAUGUUGAAGUGGCACCACGGGAGCGGAAGACGGUCACUAUCACCUUAUCUCGCUACGACUUGUCCAUCUGGGACACGGAGAAGCAGGGAUGGAGGAAGCCCUCCGGACGAAUUGGGGUAACGAUUGGUGCGAGCAGCAGGGACUCGCGGUUGAACGGCGUUGUUCCCGUGUAG